AUCUCUUCUCCUUCUUCCUCAAUUAAUUUCUCUCUCAUGGAUAAUCAUGCUAAUACUACUGCUCGCUUGUCUCAUAAGGAAUUAGCAGGUGGAGUGCAGGUGAAGUCUAUGGAAGAAAAGAAAGCAAUAAGAGCAGAAAAGCCACAAGCUUUGAACUGUCCCAGGUGCACUUCAUCACAUACAAAGUUCUGUUACUACAACAACUACAAUCUCUCUCAGCCAAGGUAUUUUUGCAAGACCUGUAGAAGGUAUUGGACUGCUGGAGGCUCUCUCAGAAAUGUUCCAGUUGGUGGUGCUUCAAGAAAGAACAAACGAUCAUCAUAUGAUGAUGAUGAUGAUCACAUCAUGAUCAUGCCUCCUGCAUCACAAAACCCUAGUCAUCAUCAUAUCAUCCAAAACCAUGGAUCUGCAUAUCACCUAAACUCCACAUGCUCAUCUAUGGGAUUCUUCAAGACUGGUAGUACUAGUGCAGGAAAUGAUUAUGAAACAGGAAUGAUGAUGAUGAUGAAUUCAUUCAUGCCAGCGUCUUCCAACGUUAACCCCAUGGUUUGUGUGGAUGGGUUUCAUAAAAAAUAUGAUGAUGAUGAUGAUGAUGAAAACAAUAUUAAUGAUCAUCAAGAUACAACCAACACAGCUGCUGCUAGUACAGGUGCAAGACUGUUUUUCCCCUUGGAAGAUUUGAAGGCAUCAACUAGUCAUCAAGUGCAAGGACCAGGAGAUGAUUCUAAUUCAUAUUGGAGUGGAGGGGGAUCAUGGUAAAUUAAUUACUUUUAAUCUACUGCUUUUCUUUC